AACUGAGGCUUAAUAUCAGCACACGGAAGCCGGGGUCAUUGUCAUACAUGCUGGCUAUAUACGUAUAACGUGAACCGUUAUUUUCAUCAUGGGAUGAUAAAAAAAUGUUCCAAAAAUGAAAACGAUGGAUUUAGUUGGAUUUAUUACACUAGUGUUGGUUUCCGUAAAAACUGUGAAGGGAUACCACGGGUUUGACAACUCGCUGUAUCACUGCUGGGCGAAGGACGCAUCCGCCAACAAUCCUAGUCCAUUAGGAAGUUGUUCAGGAACUACUUUGAGAUGGGUGGUGCCACCGCCCUCCACGCUAAAAACAGAGACCGCAUUCAACGUCACAUACGAGCUGCUUUUGGACGCAGAUUUCUACACGUGGGCCGUUACUCAAAACUUCUUCCAAACUAAAGGAUUCACUGAUGGACCGACUGCGCAGACGUGGUGUGAGACAACCUCGUGCCCCUCGGCUACUACUGCCACGGCCGACAACUGCUGCGUUCAUCACGUGAACGUCCACUCGUGUCCAAAGGCCAAGACGAGCUUCUGUGGACCCUGGAUUCCUCACGAUGGACAGGUCUUCACGCACUCGGAAGUCCUCGUGGGUCCGGUGCAGACCGGAAAUUGGACGAGUUAUGUUCCGGGAUUUUACGAGAGUGGAUUAACGUCCCUUAUCGCCCAUUUCAAAGUGGCGGAUAUGCACUAUGCUUUGGAGACAGAAAUUAAUGUCGUUCCAAAAUCAGUUUGCGGUGAUGGAAGCUGUGACAAGGACCAAAGAGAAGAUUGCUCCACGUGUCCAAAGGAUUGUGGGAAAUGUCCGCUGCAGGCACACGAGAUUGCCCUCAUCGUCAUCUUCAUCUGUCUCAUCGCCAUCGCCGGAGUCAUCGUUGUCAUUUAUUUCCAGUACCAGAAACGAAAAUUACUCUGGGAUGAAAGCUGGAUCAUUCCGUAUGAAAAUGUCCAUGAAGAUGAGGGUCUGCGCGGGGCGUUCGGCAGUAUGAUCAGUGUCAACAUGGGAGCCAGCACGGACCUGACGGCUGGAAACACCAACAACAUGGCCAUGUCGGCCCAGAGGAAACAGGUGUUUGCCAAAACAGCCAUUGUUGAUGGCAAAACCGUUGCAGUUCGAUAUGUCAAGAAAAAGGAGUUUAGUCUGACCAAAAAUAUCAGAAUUGAAGUCAAAGCUGUCAGAGAACUAGAUCAUCAAAACCUGUGUAAGUUUGUGGGCUGCUGCACGGACGCAGCAAACUUCUGUGUUUUGAUGGAAUACUGUCCCAAGGGAAGCAUCAGCGAUGUCCUGUUAAACGAUGAUAUUCCUCUCAACUGGGCUUUUAGGUUUUCGUUUGCAACGGACAUCGCAAGAGGGAUGGCUUACAUACAUUCUUUUAAAAUCUACCAUGGCCAUUUGAAAAGCAGUAACUGUGUAGUGGACGACAGGUGGACAGUUAAGAUAGCAGACUUCGGUCUGACAGAGAUUAGACGUGAGGACGACAUGAUGCUGUCAGACGACGAGAAAGAGGACAAAUAUUACAAGUGUAAGCGGGCCGAAGUGUACAACGCACCGGAAGCUAAAGAUGGGGCCAGCGAAGGGAACUUCGCUAUAGAUGUGUAUUCAUAUUCAAUCAUUCUUGUUGAAAUAGCCACGAGGAAUGACCCUUAUGCGGAUGAAGAUCCAUUUGACAUUCCUAAAUAUUGGAAACCCCCACUUCCCGACCUCUCACCGGAAAUGGCCGAAGAUGCAGAUAGCGCAUGUCCGUGUCCAGCAGACUACACUCAGUUGAUCACUGAGUGUUGGGAUGGUGUGGCCCUCAACAGACCUUCAUUUGAUCACAUCAAGAAGACACUGCAUAGAAUUAACCCCCACAAAAUGAGUCCUGUCGACCUCAUGAUGAAUAUGAUGGAGAAAUAUUCCAAACACUUGGAAUCCAUUGUAGCAGAAAGAACACAGGAACUGGUGGUGGAAAAACAGAAGACGGACCGCUUGUUAUACAGUAUGCUUCCUAAAAAGGUGGCAGAAGAUUUGAAAAUUGGACGAAGAAUAGAGGCAGAGACCUUUGAUGCGUGUACAAUCUACUUCAGUGACAUCGUAGGAUUUACCUCCAUAUCCGGCGGAAGUACUCCCAUCCAAGUAGUGGCGCUACUAAACAAGUUGUACACAACGUUUGACGCAGUCAUCGACAAGUACGAUGUAUACAAAGUGGAAACAAUUGGAGACGCAUAUAUGGUUGUUUCUGGAAUACCAGGUCGAACACCCUUUCACGCACGUGAAGUCGCUAAUAUGGCGCUAGAUUUAGUGGACGAAUGCACCGUGUUCGAAAUACCUCAUCUCCCUGAACAACCACUGAAAAUCAGAGUUGGGUUACAUUCAGGUUCCGCCUGUGCAGGUGUUGUGGGUCUGAAGAUGCCGCGCUAUUGUCUGUUUGGUGACACUGUGAAUACUGCAUCUAGAAUGGAGUCCAACGGAGAAGCAUACAAAAUACACAUAAGUAAUUUUACCUAUCUGGAAUUGAAGAAUAUUGGUGGAUAUAAAUUUGAGAGGAGAGGAACAAUACCUGUUAAGGGAAAAGGUGAAAUGGUGACAUGGUGGCUGCUAGGAAAAGAUACACUGAAGGAUAACAGUGAUAGCCCACCAGAGAAGGAAUACAUUCCACUCCCUGAUGAUAAGGAUCCGCUCCCUGAACACAAAGAUACGGAGUGUGUCCCAGACAACACGGAACAAUAUGGCGGAAAGGAACAUGCUGACGUCAUCAUUAUGGGAAAUGACGACAAACUUUUCACUCCAGUCGAAUUGCCAGAUGAAAGUCCUAAAACAAGGAAGAUAAGUCAGAUAAGUACCUCCAACGACUCCGGAUAUAACGAAAAACAGGGGUCCGGAAGUCUAAAUGACGUCAAUGAAAUCGUUGUCAAAAGCUAUGCCUCCUUAAACGACGCACUUUCUGAAGAAGAAAAAGAUGGCAGUGAAAAGAAGACACCAUUUUUGACGCCACCCGACUAAUAAGCUGCUUUUAUUAGAGUGGUGCAUAUUUCAUUUCGAAAUCCAGUUUAAGCUUAUUUACUUAUAUUCGCCCCGUUUAAUUUUCGCCAAAUUCAAAUGUCUCAGUAUAUUUCUUUUUUAACACAACUGUGUCUAGGCGAAUUCAAGACGGACCGAAACCUUUUGCAAGAAUUGAGCGAAAAAAAAGAGUGGCGAAAAUACCCUGUAUACAAUGUUAUAUCAACUGUUUUUGUUAGACUUAAAUAUUUUAUUUUGUUUGUUAUGUUUAUAAAGCGAUCUAUUAAAGCAUAAAAUAAAG